AUGUUUGCUACCCUCGGAAAACCGAGGGUAGAGAUUCCGUACGAAAAUCGCAAGAAUUUGGCUCCUGGUUUGAGAGGUUGGUAUGUACAUAGACUUCUUGUAAAUGCUGUUGCAAUGUGGGCGUCACCUCGCUAUGCUUGUUAUAUUUUCAUGAUGUUAGAUGAAAUUCAUAGACAAGAACGUGAAGAGAUGGAAAAGAAACUUCAAGCAAAAGAUGAAGUCAUUGAAGCAAAAGACAAAAGCAUACAGAAAAGAAUACCACGUUCGGUACCAAAAGGAAAGGAAAAGAACUAUAAGUAUAUGAUUUAUACUGAAGAGAUGGAAAAUGAAGAAGACAGAGAUAUGGUUAUGUUGCAUUUAGUCAGAAGAAACAACAAAAGCUUUUACGACCUUGCUAAGAUUUACAAAUCUGACAGAAAUUGGUUCUAUCGCGAAAACUUACCGAUUUCAAUGACUCCAAAUGAAGAUGUUAAACAGAUAGUUCAAGAUACGUUACCUCAAACACACUAUGAUAUGAAAGGUUGUACAAUUCUUACCUUCAAAGAAGAUUUGCCGCUACUGAAAGAAAAAAUAACAGAGUAUUUUGACAACUUCAAACAAGUAGGGUAG